CCUUAAAACUAAAGUAAUGCUUUUCAAUUCAAAUAUUGCAAAACAAAAUCGUAGAAUUUGAUUUUCUAUUUCCCAUUACUGCCCUUUACUUCCCUUGGCACUUAUUGGCAAAAAUUUCAUACAAAUAAUAAUAGACCCAUCGAAAAAAGGCAAUCAAUUCAACAAUAAACCAGAAGCCACACCUAUCAAUGACAAUUAUCUGGUGUCCAACCCUCUUACCUGAAAUGUCUUCCGACCAUUCGUCCCAUUUCGAUUUCCGAGCCAAGUGAGCUCUACAUAAAGUGAGCUCUCUCAAUCUUUUGGGAUAUGAGGCGAAGGCUCGCUAUGGCGAUCCUUGGUUUCACUAUCCCAUUUCUAAUGAACUGUGCACUCAUCGGCUCCACGGCUCUCAUGAUGAUCCACAACGAGGUAAAAAAGCCCUCUGUUCAUAGUGGCAUCAAUCACGAUGUCGCUGUGCGUGACACUGGUAGUCAUCAAAGCAAGCUUCCAUCUGAUAACAGAGCUCGCGGGACCACUGGAAACCGGGCCGGCCCGACGUCAAACCACGCGAGAUGCAAAUAGAGAUUCAGAAGAAAUGAUCCCAAUGACAAGCCGACAUUCAAGCAUAACAUCGACAAUUCCAAGUCGGCCAAUGUCUCCAAUUCCACCAUCAACUCCGCCACCACGAUCUCCUGCACCUUGUACGCAUUUGGCCCAAUCUUAGCCGCAAUGUGAAUACUUAUCUGAUAAUUGACACGUUUUGUCUUUUUGUAAAAUCUAUUUAACUUUCUUUCUAGUCUUCUUCAUACUUUUUUCGAGCGGUAUGACUUGCAUAUUUGACUCAACUUUUACCAUUGCCCGUCCCACGAGGGAACAUUUUAAAAAACGUAAUUUUCAACAUUCAACACGAAUUCGAACUUUGGAACACAGU